AACACCGCCGCCGUCGAGGAAAUCGUUCUGCUUCGUUGUCUGAUUCCGGCGUAUCGUAAAUGGUUUCCGAUUGUUUUUUGUCCAAUAAAAAAAUGUACAGUUUGUAAAUAAUUAUAUUGUUGUUCAAAAAACUAUAUCAAGUUAAAGAAAACAUUGGAAAACACAAAGUUCGCUGAAAGCCUAUUGUUAAAAGUGUCGGGAAAGACGACGCUGCAAUUGACAGUUUGAGGUUAUGCUGAAAAAAGCUAUAUCAGACGGUGAAAAGUGAGAGAGAAAAGAAGACAACUGAGAACUGUCAACAUCGGUAGCUUGGGAGAAACGUAUUAAAAUGAAUUUACCACCAGCAGCUGGUGCUCCUCCUGCUUUGGGCGGUAUGGCAUUUCCACCUGUAGUUCCUCAGUUCAAUAUACCUCCACCUGGAUUUGGAGCUCCUCCACCAGCUGAAUUGGCUGCUGCAUUUGGUUCAGCCCCGCCAAAUACUGAAUGGACAGAACACAAGGCUCCCGAUGGCAGACCCUAUUACUACAACAACAUUACCAAGCAAAGUUCCUGGGAGAAGCCAGAGGUUUUAAUGACACCGGCAGAACGCUUGAAGCAUCAGUGUCCAUGGAAGGAGUAUCGCUCGGAUGCAGGGAAAGUCUACUAUCACAAUGUAACCACCAAAGAAUCUAGAUGGGAUCCGCCGCCAGAAUUUUUAGAUAUGCAGGCAAAAGUAAAAGCUGAAGAAGCUGCUGCAGCAGCAAAAGCGGUUGCUGCUAUGACUUCUUCCAGCUUGGCCGGAAUUGUCCCACCCGCAGCACUAGCUAGUAUAUUGCCUGCCACCCUACCAACCGUAGCAAAGAUUCAUACACCCGAUAUUCAUUCGCCCUUAACCCCAGGUAGUAACGAGAAUUCCUCGUCUGCUUUGGACCAAGCUAUGGCGGCAACUUUGGCUGCCAUUGAAAUUCCAACCUCCAACAAAGAGGAUAAAGAAAAUAAGAAAGAAUCAUCAGAUGAUAACAAAAUUGUGUUUAAAGACAAGAAAGAAGCCAUUGAAGCAUUUAAGGAGCUCUUAAAAGAGAAGAAUGUUCCCUCCAACGCCAACUGGGAUCAAUGUGUCAAAAUUCUUUCAAAGGAUCCCCGCUAUAACUCUUUUAAAAAUCUAAAUGAAAAGAAACAGACAUUCAAUGCCUACAAAACUCAAAAACUAAAAGAUGAGAAAGAGGAGGCAAGACUUAAAGCUAAGAAGGCCAAAGAGGAUUUGGAAAAGUUUCUCAUGACCAGUGAUAAAAUGAACUCAACAUUAAGAUACUAUAAGUGUGAAGAGUUGUUCGCCAGCAAUAGAAUUUGGACAUCAGUACCAGAGCCAGAUCGAAGGGAUAUUUAUGAGGAUUGCAUUUUUAAUUUGGCAAAACGUGAAAAGGAGGAGGCUCGGAUGAUGAAAAAGAGAAACAUGAAAGUGCUGGGAGAGCUUCUGGAAUCUAUGACCUCUAUAACAUAUUCAACCACGUGGGCUGAAGCCCAAGUAAUGCUUCUGGAGAACUCUGCUUUUAAGAAUGACGUAAAUCUACUAGGUAUGGACAAAGAGGAUGCUCUCAUAGUUUUUGAGGAACACAUACGCACACUUGAACGUGAAGAGGAUGAAGACAAAGAAAGGGAAAAGAAGAGACAAAAGAGGCAGCAACGCAAGAACAGAGACAACUUCUUAACACUCCUAGAUUCCCUACAUGAGGAAGGGAAGCUAACUUCAAUGUCGUUAUGGGUGGAACUUUACCCAAUAAUUUCCGCUGACAUUCGAUUUUCUGCAAUGUUAGGUCAACCAGGCUCAACGCCAUUAGAUCUAUUUAAAUUUUAUGUAGAAGACUUGAAAGCAAGGUAUCACGAUGAAAAGAAAAUCAUCAAGGAAAUACUUAAAGAGAAACAGUUCGUUGUUAAGGCCAAUACUACAUUCGAGGACUUUGCUACUGUUGUGUGUGAAGAUAAAAGGUCGGCUACUUUAGACGCGGGCAAUGUUAAACUAACAUACAACUCAUUGCUUGAAAAGGCCGAGGCAUUGGAAAAGGAACGUUUGAAAGAAGAAACCAAGCGUCUGCGAAAAUUGGAGAAUGAAAUCAAGGCUGCAUGGUUGGAAGCGAACGUAUCGCCACAUGAACCAUUCGAUUCUGCGCAAAAGCUUGUGGAGCAUUUAGAAGCCUAUGCUAUUUAUGAAAAAGAGCUUGGAGUACGAAAGAUUUGGGACGACUUUGUUAGAGAAAGUGAAGAUGCAUGCACACACCAUCAUUCGCGGUCGAAGAAAUCUAAAAAGAAUAAGAAACACAAAAAACGUUUAAGAUCCAGUUCUAGAUCUGAUAUUGAAAACGAUCCUGCCGAGAUUGAGAGACCACGCAAAAGAAAAUCACGAUCCAGAUCGAUAUCAGUUAGUUCGAGUGUGAGCCUUGAUAGCAUAGACAGGGUUUCCAAGAAGAAGAAAAAGAAGAAGAACAAGAAAUCUUCCAGAGACUCAUCAUGUGAAUCAGAACGCGCUAACUCCAUAAACGGUUCUCCGACCACAUUGGCCAUUGAAGAACUCUUGGCAUCGCAGCCCAAGAAAAAGAAGAAAGAAAAAAAGAAUAAAAAAGACAAGGAACGCAAACAUCACCACGACAAACAACGGUCGGUGACACCUCUUAGUCCCGCUGCCAGCAACCGGUCUCAUAGUUCGCGAAAUGACGAACAGGCGCUUAGUGAAACAGAGUUGGAGUCGAAACGUGCCGCUCUGUUAGCCCAAUUGAACGAACAAAUGGAAGAAUGAUUAGGAUUGAUCGUCUAGUAAAUAUUUAAAUAAGUACGCUAUAAUGAGGAUACAGAACAAUGCCGCAUCAGAUGUAUGUUUCACAUCAAUAUCAUUUUCGAACAUUGAAUAUUAGUUUGCUUUCCAAACAUUUCUAGUUUCGUACUGUAAUCACGUAAUUUAUGGUUCUUUUUACCGAAUAUUAAAUGCGGUAAGUUUGGACAUGAUUAUUUUAGAUUAUUUUUUAUAAAAUCAAGAAUUAAACUUUUUUUAAGUAUAUGACAUCGGUAUUGAGUCACAGCGUUAUGAACUAAGUAUUCAUAAACCUUUAAAUAAAUCUAAAUAUAAUCAAAAAACUAAAUACAUUAA